GCAGCAUUAAAGCAUAUUCUUUUUGUUUAAUUUUAAAGUUUUUCGAAGAAGAAACAAUGAAUACAAAGUACAUAAUAUUUUUGUGUUUCCUAACGAGUUACUUAGUAAUUCAAAGUGUUGCGAAACAGACCUCGGAAGAGAAAAAAAAAAGGACUGAGCUAGAGGAAGAGCUUAUACAAUCCGUUUUCGAUGAAUUAUUACAUUUAUUAGAAGAAUCUUCUGAUACGAAACUUUUUGUGAAUCAGGUAAACGUGCUUUGGCAUGACAAUGGUAAUACUAUGAGAGCUAGUUUCACUGGACAAGAAAUUGCACAAAUGAAUAAAGACCGCAUAGAUAAAAAAAAGUUUGAGGAAAUCACCAGGAAAAUAUCCAAAAAACAAGAAAGUGACUAUGUAGUUUUCAUGAAUGAGCGGUUGUUGUUUUUAAGAGCUCAAAAUAAACCAUAUAGUAGAGCUGCAAAAUUGUAA